AUGCUGGCCGAGCAGCAUGAUUCCGCGUGUCAGGAUUCCGAGAGGACGUUUACUCGUGCCCCGGACGAGGAGCCGGCGUCGCAAUGCAGAGGGCUGUCGUCGCAAUGCGGCAAGAACCCGUCGCACGGCAGUCGCAAGGACGACGAAUACCGCACUGGCGGCGCUGCCUCCCAUAAACGGCAGCGAGAGGAGCCGAGCGAGUCGAACAGCAACAAGGCCAAUCGGGAGAAGAUCCGCCGCGACCGACUCAACGACAGGUUCGAGGAGUUGGCGCCGGCGCUGGAGCAGAGCGAGCUUGCUCGCGCGGACAGGGGGAGCAUUCUGGUGGACGCGGUGCGCGUGCUGGCGCAGCUGAGGGCGGAGACGAGCCGGCUGAGGGGCUCCGCGGAGCACAUGAGCGAGCAGAUCCAAGAUCUCAAGGCGGAGAAGAGUGAGCUGAGGGAGGAGAGGGCGCGCCUGCUGGCCAACAAGCAGCAGCUGGAAGACGAGGUCCGCCGCUUGGCCGCAUCCGGUGCCGCCCAAUCCACCGCCGCCACGUCAGCAGCAGUAUCAGUGGUUUCUUCAGCCGCCCGGCAGACAGCCGCUACCCCUCCUCCUCUUGGGUUUGCUCCGUGUGCGCCUGGUUCGCCUGGUGCGGUGCCCGUGAUGCUGCAUCCGGUGUGUGAGCCGGGCAAGCUGGCUCCAAUGGGAGCACCCAUGGGCUUGAUGCCCUUACCGUUCAUGCCUGGGGGGAUGCUUCAUCCUCUCUCCCAUCCCCAAUCGCACCUUCACUGCCCUCACCCUCGCACUGUGCAAGACAACAUUGGUGCUACUGCUGGUUCUGCUGCUUCACCUGUUGCUGCUGUUGCUGCUGGUUGUGCUGCUGCUGGUGCUGCUGCUGGUGGUGGUGCUGCCGCUGCUGCUGCUGGUGCUGCUGCUGCUGGUAGUGCUGCUGCUGCUGCUGGUGGUGCUGCUGGUUCCUCUGGUGCUGGUGGUGGUGGUGGUUGA